AUGAAUACCGAGUAUCUCACUAUUGACGAAAGACGUGCUCUUGAGGGCGAAAUCGUUCGUAAAUGCCUCGCUCGCACCGAAAAACAGUGUUCCUUUGUCGAGCAUCGGAACUACAAGAUUGUAUACCGGCGCUAUGCAUCACUAUUCUUCUUGGUUGGAGUUGACAAUGAAGAAAAUGAGCUUUCUAUUCUGGAAUUCAUACACCUUUUAGUUGAAACCAUGGAUCGCCAUUCUGGCAAUAUGUGCAAUAUGUGCGAGCUGGACAUCAUGUUCCAUCUAGAGAAAGCACAUUUCAUGCUGGAGGAAAUGGUCAUGAAUGGGUGUAUUGUUGAGACAAGCAAGGCUAACAUUCUCUCUCCUCCGACACCGAGCCCUUAA